UACGACUCUGGGUCAAAUACAGAAACUUUUCUCAAAUUACUUAAGGAAGCAGAUGAAGGUAUUGAAUAGGGAGGAAGCUUUCUAUUUCUUAAGCCAGCCUCUUCUCAUCCACCCCAUCAUCUCUCGCUCCUUUCUUCACCGCUCUCCCCAUUCACUCAUUUUCUUGGAGCUCUCCAGACCUUGUCUCUCCCACAGCCAUGGUGGAGAAGGUGACCAGAAUGUUGAUAAAGGUGGAUCUGCAGUGCUGUCGCUGCUACAAGAAGAUCAAGAAAAUUCUCUGUGAAUUUCCCCAAAUCCAAGACCAGAUAUACGAUGAGAAGCGGAACGCGGUGUUGAUCGUCGUCGUGUGCUGCAGCCCGGAGAAGAUCCGGCAGAAGAUCAUCUGCAAGGGCGGCGAGACAGUGCAGGGCGUCGAGAUCCUGCUCGACAAACCCAAGGAGCCUGAGAAGAAACCGGAGAAGCCCAAGGAGCCUGAGAAGAAGCCGGAGAAGCCCAAGGACCCUGAGAAGGAGCCUGAGAAGAAGCCGGAGAAGCCCAAGGAGCCUGAGAAGAAGCCAAAUCCAGUGGCAGGCUUCCCGCUAGUGCCGGCAUUUCCGAUGGUGCCGGUGUAUCCGAUGGUGCCGGUGUGUUGUUGUCCUCCAUUUUAUGGAGGGUAUGGCAGGGGACCAUGUUAUUGUGGGCGGAGGCGGCCAAGGAUGUGCUAUGAUGGAUGCGGGAGACCGGCCGAUGAGUGUCAAGGCGGUCAUAGAGGUUCCUGUGCUGGGCUGGGGAGGUCAGUGAUGUGCGACGACGGAUGCGGGAGACCAGCCAGUGAGUGUCAAGGCGGUCAUAGAGGUUCCUAUCCCGGGCUGGAGAGGCCAGUGCUGUGCGACGACGGGUGCGGAAGACUGGCUUGCGAGUGUCAAGGUGGGAAUAGAGGCUACUAUGUGAGCCGAUGUGAUAACUUCAGUGAAGAAAAUGCCAACGCGUGCACUGUCAUGUGAUCGGAUUUUGAAAUUUCUCGUGUCAAUCGCCAAUC